AUGCACGUAGAUAGCAGGGGGAACGCCCCGGUCAGACGCCGCAGACCAGCUGUGGCCUGCACCGAAUGUCGACGGCGGAAGAUCCGAUGUGACCAGGCGACGCCUUGCCGCCACUGUGAGAAGGCGGCUCUGCGGUGUAUUUAUAACCAUUUGCGUCCCAAUACUAGCCAAUCCAAGAUCAGUCCACCUACAUCAGCGUCGGGAUUCAUCUCAGGCUCGCAGCUCAGCGUGAAUGAUUCUCCGCAGUUGCCGCUGAGUAACGACACCAAGUUUCAUGGAUUCGGGAGUGGCUCCCUAAAGAGCGAUCUCUCAUUGGAAUACGUGCCUUCAGCACUGCCGACAAGCUCGUCUAUCUUCGUCGAGCCCAAUUCGCUCUCGUCCUUGUCGGAGCCUCUAGCCUGGGAAAUCGCGCCUCCGGAGACCGGGGUUGGAAUACUGGCCGAGUCCGACUCUCCUCUUAACAUGCAGGGCCAGACGGGGGAGUUGCGGGACCAACAUACCGCGCCAUGGAUGGAAAUACUCCACUGUGACCCUGACGAGUUCUGGUUCGAUUCUGAAGAGCUACGACGGAUGUGGAGGAAGACCCGCGAUCUCGAGCUCUUGCUAGCCACGUCAAAGAUGCCUUCGGAAUGGCUUUAUUGGUCUCCAGGCCCUACAGCACCUGAAGCGUCAAGCCUAAUCCCCCCACGAGCCACUUGCGAUGUGCUGCUGGAGCUACAGUAUUGGAGCAGCCCGGACAGCAUGAGCGAUGUCUUUCUGUGCAAGUUGCUGCUGGCCAUGGCAAUCGGAACGUUGUUCGCCCCCGCCUCGCCAUCCGCAGGCCAGUUGACAGACAUGCGGCCUCGGGCACUGGCGUGGAUGCACUACGGACAGCAAUGGCUUUUUCGCAAGAUCGUCCUUGACGCCCAGCUCAACCUCGAUAUCUUGCAGACCAGUCCUACUUCCAUCGGUGAUCGGCAUUUCUGGCUAUCGGAGGACUGUUUAGUGCGGAUGGCCAUGAAACUCGGCCUUCAUCGUGACCCCCACAUCCAUAACCCUGCAAUGCUCGGUACCGAGGUUGAAGUCCGAAGACGGCUCUGGGUGACCCUGCUCGAGCUUUCGCUCCAGGCUAGUCUAGAUGCCAAACUUCCUGUCCCACUGCCCAGCGAUGGUGGUUUCGACACCGAACUUCCCUCGAAUUUGUCCGAUACCGACCUAGGUUCGAUAGCCACGCUGUGCAACCCUAAUCCCCGUACCUUCUUUACACAUUCCACCAUGCAGAUUCUCCUAGCCGAGACACAGAGGAUUCGGAUUCGUAUCCUGAAUCUGUUGUACUCCCCUGCCACAAGUAUACCGUAUCAGGAGGCGCUGAAGCUGGCAUCCGAGCUUAGGCGAGCCUGCAAUACCAACCUAAGAUUGCUGCAAUCUUUUACUCCUCAAACACCGGGUGCAAUGAUGCCCACCGAGUUCCAGACCAAGAUUCUCGACCUCUGGACCCGGAGAUUUCUCCUCGCCCUCCUUACUCCGUAUGCCGAUGAAGCGCGCUCGGACUAUUCCUUAUACUACACUCGCAAGGCCCGCAUCGAUGCAUCCUCACUUUUGCUGUCGUAUCCUCUGUCUCACAGCACUGCCACUGGCCCUUCUCCCAUCGGCAGUUACUACCUUCAGUUGCAGAUCUCCGGCCAAGGCAUUUUCAGAAACGUUCUGAAACAGGCCACUGCAGCAAUUUGCCAGGAUCUUAUCCAGGAGCUGGUCGAGGAUGCGUUCCCAGUCACAGAUCGAGAGCCCCACGCCAAGCUCUGCCAAAUUAUAAGAGACUCGAUCAGCAUUUACCGGACACGUAUGGAGCUGAGCCAACCUUGUAUGCAAGAGUAUGUGGCAUUUGUCUGCGCAUCUGCUCAGAUUGGAGCAUUACGCUCCAGGUGUGAUAACAAACAUGAUUUUUUCCCGACGGCCAAAAAGGCCCUGGGGCAAUGCCACCAUAUUCUUGAGUCAAACCAUCGGUCCAAUAGCCCAGAGAAGUAUCGCGCGGAAACAAUGCAUGUGUUGGAUAUUGAUCAAGGUAUGAAUUUCUGGAGCGACCUACUGUCAACCGCGGGCGCUUCGCCUCUCUCACCUCCCUCGUCUUCUUCCUUUUUUUUGGAGCAUGGACUCAGCCACACAGUCCCCUGGGAAGCUCCUCACAGUAGAGAAGUCGUAGAUAAUGAAAGAUAG